AUGGGACAUAUUCGUCCCUCUCGAAUAAUAACUUCUGUUCGUUUCAGAAGGAGACCUUUGACGAAAGAAGAGUUACAGUGGGAAGCUGAUCACGUGUGGGAUGAGUCUGAAGAUGAGGAGCCAUUCCAGGAUAGCGGGUCAGAGUAUAAUCCGUCGGAAAGGGAAUCAUCCGAAUCUGAGGUGGAGACAAACUAUUUUUCGGACAUCGAUGAAAAUGGAGAGGAAAGUAACGUAACCAAUAACGAUGGUAUACCCGAUAAUACACAAAAUCACAACGUUCCAAAUCCAAGAACCCCUAAUCAACUUUCUUGGAGAGUUCCAGACGAUAAUUAUAUUCCUCGAAAAGCACUUCCUCCUAGCAAUAAUUCCCCAGCUACUGUUUUGGCAGCAGUAAAUCGGUCUUCCAGUCAACUAGAAGUGUUUCUAAAAUUGUUUCCAAGGUGUCUGUUUAUGUUUAUAUCCCAGUCUACCAAUGAACGAUUGAAUAUUUUGAAUAAAACAAAGCACGCCAAAAUCGAUCAUACCGAUCCAUCUGAAAUGAUGAUAGUUAUAGGUAGUUUGCUUGUGAUGAGCUAUAACAGAGUUCCUAAUAUGCAGUUAUAUUGGUCAACAAAUAAAUCAAUGGGAAAUGAAGCCCUAAAGUCAGCAAUCUCAAGGGACCGGUUUUUAGUACUUCUUUCAAAACUAUAUUUCAAUAACCCUUCCAAGCCGCCAGAUGCUAAUAAGACAUACUAUAUCGACGAAGUUGUGUCUUGUCUGAAAAAGACUUUCAUUGCGAGUCGUUCCGAUAGUAGCUAUCAAUCGAUAGAUGAAAGCAUGGCUAAAUUCAAGGGCCGUUCGGCUCUGAAGCAAUAUAUGCCCCUGAAGCCGAUCAAAAGGGGCAUAAAGAUAUGGCAAAGGUGUGAUGCUUUGACAGGUUAUGUUUAUGAUCUUAAUAUUUAUGCUGGGAAAGAAACUGAGCAAGUGGAAGGAACUCUAGGAGAGAGAGUAGUGGCAAAGUUAUGUGAUACAAUUCAAAACGCCAAUGUUGCUUUAUGCUUUGAUAGAUUUUUCACUUCGGUGAAUCUAAUGACAAAUAUACAGUUUCCUGCAUUUGGUACAUGUAACAGUAAUAGAAAAAGUUUACCAGAUUUUGGAAAAAAAUUAAAAGAACGAGGUGCAAUGGAAGUGUAUUGUAGUGAUACUGGUUUACUUGCAACUAAAAUCCUCUUCUGGGAUGGGUUGAAUAUGAGCAAAUUUCCAGUUUUCUGGGAAGGUGCCGGAUUCAUAAGAUAUCUGGAAGAGGCACGAAAGAACUGGAGCAAUUUCCGCGACGCACCUCUUCAGUACAACAGCAGAAAUCCAAUCCAGACCAGAAGAUUUUUUGAUGUCAAGCGACAAGAGCACCCGUCUUACGGUAUUAUGCCUGAAUGUUACUUUCCACAUAGUGUAAGGAACCCUUUGAAUCGACUGCACUUGGGCGUUGGGUGGGACGUCCAUGAUGGAGUUGGCAGCAAAGAGCUUGGCAAGCACUUUCGGCUUCGCCUUUGA